AGAUUUGAUGUUCUUGAAAUUCAUGGGAGAUAUGAGAAUCCAUUUAAAGAAUACAGGCCCCAAACAUUAUACGAAUUUUUCGUCAUGCGGUUGAUUGAACUGAGUGAAUUUGGAGCUCGUGGUGGAGUACCCAAGGAGACAAGCCAGAGAGUUGAAGAACUACGCUGGGUUCAACCUAGUGUUGAGUAUAUGAAAAAUGUGAGAGAUAUUUGUUUAGAACAUGGUAUGGUGGCAUACACAUGGCUAGGACAAAGUUGUGGGUUAUUUCAAAGUGGUGGUAAAGUGUUUCUGAUGGAUCCGUUGUUUGAGGAUUCAAUUGUCAAUAAGACGUUCGGCCCAAAACGGGUGGUUCCAUGUCCUUUGAAGAUUGAGCAAGUUGUGGAGGAAAUAAAGCCGGAUUAUAUCCUUGUUAGUCAUGACCACCCUGAUCAUUUGGGGGAUGACAGUACUUCGAAGCUUAGUACCAUCCAAGGAAGAUGCAAGUGGAUAGUUCCAAAUGGGAUUGGCGAGUUCUUGAGCAAACAUGGAGUGGAGACGAGCAGCAUCAUCGAGAUGAAAUGGUGGGAGAGGGUUUGUAUAGAUGAUGAGUUUGAGAUUGUUUGCUUGCCUGCAAUGCACUGGUCGGGGCGCAUGUUGUUGGAUGCCAACAAAACGUUGUGGUGCAGCUUCAUGAUUUUGAGAAACGGUAAAAGUCUGUUCUACCAUGGUGGAGACACCGGAUACGCAAGUGGUGUGUUCAAUAAGAUUGGUGAACUCUAUGGACCUGUUAAAUUUGCCGCAUUGCCCAUUGGGCAGUAUUGCCCCGAGUGGCAUCAGAAACCUAGACACAUCAGUCCUGCCGAAAGCGUGAAAAUCAUGAAGGAGAUGAAGAUCCAUAAAAUGGUCGGAGUGCAUUGGGGAACCUUUGUUUUAAGCUCGGAACACUAUCUUGAGCCGGGGAAUCUAUUACUACAAGAAGCUGCCAAGAACGAACGAAAAAAUAACAUUAUCGUCCCUAGUCAAGGAAGGACA